AUGAGCCUUCAUUCCAGUCUAUCCAGCAUAAUGGUAAGAGGAUGGAGUAUAGUUCCAGGAGGACUGGACUGCCAGAUACCCACAGGACUGUUCAUACAAAGUCAGAAACAGGUGGUGAUGAGAGUAGGAAGGUUGUUUCUCGCGGAUUUAUUUGUGCCGAUGAAUUGUGCAAGUCGUCUUCCCCAGUCACUAUUCUACGGGACUCGGCUGCAGAUAUAUCAUUGGUGCUCAAGGAGGCGGUUCCUAACCCUGACUGUUAUACUGGAGAAAUGUCUCGGGAUGCGAGACUAUUUAAUGUUCUAGAACGAUCUAGUGAUGUUAGGUGUGCAAUUGAAAUCCCUGAGAGACGUAAGAAAAAACGUCAUGUGCAUGUGAACCUCCCGAAAAAGUACUAUGAACGGGAUGAUUUAAAGGAAAAUACGGGAAACCAAACCCAUUUUCUUCUGCAGGAGUAUGACGAGCCAUUCAGUGGAGUAGCUCGUCUCUGUCCACUGCUGGAUCAUGCUGCCGAGACCAGGGAUGUUCAGCCAGUGCUUCAGUUUCCGUGUCCCGUUGAUGUGAUGAAUGGGCGUCUUUGCAAGCUGAGGUUCGGCGCCGGAGGGAGCAGGGGUUCAUCUGUCCUUGCUUGGGCCCCCUUGCCUCUGCUGCAGUCCUGGUUCUUGAGAGCAGUGGCCUUCAUCCACGUGUUGACUGCAGGAGGGCCAGAACAGAUGCGUGGGCAGUUCGUCUUCACUCCGUGGGAUAGCGGGCAGCAGCGACUACGUCAGGAGGGCACGCGUUCGUGAUCGUGGGCGAACAAUUUGCAGAAAGUCGAAUAGUGAAGUGUUCACACGGUGUUAUUUCUGUCUCAAGUCUCAGGCCACCGUCGAAAAGGAGCCCUUAAUGAUAGUAUUUGUAAUUUGAAAAGUUUAGUGUUUAUUUAACUAUCUGUUCAUCCCGUCGAAAAUCGCUGAUCAUAACUCUUUUAUAGAAAAUAAAGUUCAGAAACAUUCCAAGUGUUCAGGUGGACAGACAUUAUUAAGAUAUUGCAUAUUAGAGGCACACGAUAUC